GCGCCGAGUACUCAGCACCAUUCCACCAUUCAGCGACCGAUCAUCGCCACCAUGGCUCGCACUCUGCUCGCUUUGAUGGCGCUGGCCGCCGUGACCGUCACCGCCGAGGUGACCAACUGGGACCCGGACUGCAUCCAGGAGCCGGUGGGCUUCGGCAGGGGCACUGUGGGCGGCGAAGGAGGAAAGACCGUCACGCCCAAGAACAUCAAGGAGCUCAAGAACUUCCUCAAGGACGACGUGCCCCGCAUCAUCCUGCUCGACAAGACGUUCGACUUCACGGGCUCGCAGGGCCUCGCCACCAGCGACGGCUGCUUCUUCAAGAAGUGCGGCCCGGGCUUCCAGUACUCGCUGGCCCAGUCCGACACCUGCGACGGCCGGGAGAUGACCAACGUGACCUACGACGCGGCCGGCCCAGAGCCCCUCAACGUGGGCUCCUUCAAGACCAUCAUGGGCGUGAACGGCAAGGGCGUGCUCCGCGGCAAGGGCCUCAAGAUCAGGAAGGCGCAGCAGGUCAUCAUCAGGGACAUCAGCAUCGUGGACAUAAACCCCGCCGUCAUCUGGGGCGGCGACGCGCUCACCUUCAACGGCGUGGACCAAGUGUGGAUCCACAACGUCACCUUCAAGAACAUCGGGCGCCAGUUCCUGGUGUCGUACCAGACCAGCAACACGGGGGUCACCGUGUCCUCCUGCACCUUCGACGGCCACACCACCAACUCGGCGUACUGCGACGGCAAGCACUACUGGGUGUGGCUGUUCUGGGGCACCGACGACCGGAUCACCCUCAUCAACAACAAGAUCGUCAACACGAGCGGCCGCCUGCCGCACGCCGGUGGCUACUUGGGCUCCAAGAACUUCAUCCACAUCGUGGGCAACCACUUCGACGGCAACUCAGACGUGGCCCUGGAGCCCUGGGACGGCGCGCUGCUGCUCGUGGAGGGCAACCGCUUCUGCGGCAUGAACAACCUGGUCAACAGCCACGCCACCAACGGCAACGUGUUCCUGGUGAGCACGGCGACGCAGGCGGCGCGCUGCGAGGCCGCGUUCGGCGAGGACUGCCUCCGCAACGCGUACCACGACACCCAGCCCGUGCGGCGCUGCAACGGCCGCGUGCUGGAGGAGGCCCUGGCCAUGGACCUGUGCCCCGAGGCCAUCAACGACGCCCGCCGCGCCGUGUGCAUGCCCGUGCCCGACCCGGCCGAGCUGGUGGACAGCUGGCAGGACUAGCAGCACCACGACCGCUUUCCAAAUCUAGUCGCUUUCUAGUCCCUUAUUUGAGAGUGCGGACGGCUGGUGGGUGUGGAACGCUCCGCCUGAUUGGCGAAACCACUCAGCUCGCUCCCCGAACUUUAUCGCUCCCUCGCCCUUUGCACAGUACACCAAUAAACCGAUUCUUGUUCUCAA